AUGGACCCAGAUACCGGCAUCCCCGAACCCGAACCCUCCGUUUUCAACUAUGUGCUCUCCUUCCUACUCGUCGGCGUCGCAUGGGGCUUCACAACCCCCUUUAUCCGCCGCGCAGCGGCAGACUUCAACGCCCGACAAGAGAAGGCAAACAAAUCGAACUACUCUGGUCGCGGAAGAGGACACUCACAAGAGCCGGAAACAGUGUUCACGGAUGCGGGCGAGGAACAGGAAUUGCUCUCUCGGGGCGCACAAGAUAGUGACUCCGACGAGGAAGGCGUGCGGAGACGGAGUACGAGCAGCAGUGAUGUGAACCGGAAACCGAAGGCUGCUGGUGCCGAUACAGGACUGGAUGUUGGAAUUGCUGGACAGAGUGGAAGUGGCGGUAUUUCGGAAGCUAGGGAAGGCAGCGCAGAUGAAGAGCAGGAUGAUCUACCUUCGCCGGCGUGGAGACGGGGAGCCCCUAUGAAGCAGUCAUGGCUGCGCACCAAGAUUGUGUCUAUUUUCUGGACAGUUGUGAAUCUGCUUCGUACGCCUGCGUAUGCGAUUCCCUUGGUUAUCAACCUCACGGGUAGUAUUUGGUUCUUUUUGCUUGUUGGAAAACAUGGUCUGGAGUCGCUAAUCAGUUACUAUAUAGAACUCUCUUUGACUGUGCCGCUUGCGAACUCUAGUGCGUUUUUAUUUACUGUUCUUGGGGAGUGGUAUGUUGACCGCAAGGUGAUUGCGAAGGAGACAUGGUUGGGGAUGGGGCUGGUACUUGGAGGAAUUGCAUUAUGUGUGCAUUCUAAGAAUCAGGCUUCUUGA